GCUGCUGUGCCUGGGAUGACUAAGGAAGGGAAGUUGAUCCUCCUACAACCUACAUAAGCAGACCAUGCCGUGGUUUAUCAGCGGAUAAAUAGUGCCCGUCGCCCCACUUGAAGGCCUGCGAGGUCUUUCUAGCAAUUCCACAGUCUUUGACCCUCCAGGCCCUUACCUCCAAUUUGUAACUUAAUUGGGCGAAUCAGCUAUCGAUUAACGUCGAAAGUCAGAACGUCUCUCGAAGUUCCGUGAAGUAUGUUCCAUCGAGGACUUCAAGGCCGACAGGCCUCAGAAACAAUGGCAAGCUCGUCGUCAUUUUCCCGGCCUGAACAACCAACAAUAACGAUAGCCUUGUCGACAACAUUCACUCCGCCAGCUUCAUGCACCCUGAAUCGCUUGACGAUCCAACCACCACCCUUUUACAACAUCUGGGCCAAUGAUCCUGUCCCGGUCGCUAACACCACAUUUACGGAUUGUUACCCCAGCGAAUUCCUCCAGAGCUACACGUCGGUAUCUUCGGCGAGUGUCGGAUCGAGUGUGGUCCCUGUCAUGAGUCCCUUAGUAUGUCCGCAGAACUUUUGCGUUCAGUUUGCACGGGAAAAGUACAUGGCAUGUUGUCCAUCAGGGUAUAAAUUCACCCCACCGGAAGACCCACUCAUAGCGAGCCGUCCAGCCUAUGGCGGUACAUGUUACAGCCCCUUCACGAUGGGUGUGACAGAAACGGCGGUGGCGUACGACGAAGAUGGAUCGACGCGUUUGCAACCGUGGGCUGCUACUACAACUGGUGAUAAUGCUUAUGCGCAUCCCAUUGAUGGUUUCGCCGAGAACACUCCUUCCGUUGGUUGCAUCGCUCCGAUAUCAACGUCGCUACCAAGCAAUUCGUCGUCAGCUGAGACUACAUCUUCGCUAUCAAGCACGGCGACACUAAGCGACACAACAACUGCGGCAGGAAACUCUAGCAAGACUUCAAGCGCAACAAUCGCUGGUGCUGUUGUAGGAGCAGUUGUUGGACUCGGCGUCAUCGUCGGUCUCAUAUUCUUUCUCCUGCGAAGACGCAAACAUCAACCAAGGUCCAGCGAACCCGAGAUUCAUCAAAUCGACGACACUCCGAAUCACAAAGUUGAGAAGGACGGAAAAGUGAUUCUUGGUGAAAUCGAUGCUGGCGUUCCAGUUGCCGAGCUUGCGGCGCGCCCGGACAAGUAUGCCUAUGUUCAGGGCGCACAUGAAAUGCAUGCUGGAGUUGCGCACGAGAUGCCAGCAGGGCCCGAGUUGCAUCCCAGCAAAGACCGCACUGGUCCAUCUGAAUUAUAGUAGCCUGGAUACAACAGUGGACACCGAGUUGGUCAAGGCUCUGUAAAAGAUUUUUCCGCUGUUCCGAGCUGACAUGGCUGAAUGCGGUCCCACCAGCUUUGGGUUCUGAGUUCAUUGUUUGACGGGCAGAGUAACAAUGGCGGACAAGGCUUAAUUCCAGUUUCUUCGAGAUAGUUGACCGCAUCGCUGUCCGAUUUGAAAGACACGAAGCUCGGGAUACCGACGGAAUCUGUGCGACUCAACUUACAUCAAAUUCUCGUUGACCCUCCAUCGAAUGUCACCCACGCAGCAUGGCAUGCCUUGAUACCGGGCCAAGAUGGUGAAAAGAACGAUUCGAAUGGUGUGAUCUCGAGCGGUAGGCCCUGAUUCUGCUCGAUCUACAUGGCAAGGUUGUCACUAAAAGUCCCGAGAGAUGUAUAGGAUAGCAAACCUGAC